GGGACCCUGGCUCGGGGAUUUAAAGAGAUACCCCCGCCCCACGGGACUUGGCCACCCCUAAACAGCAGCUGGGAGUCCUAGGACCCCGUCCUGGCUCCGCCUCCCGCCGGACGGCGCAGAGCGCGGGGAGGGGAGCCGGGGGCGAGGUCCGCCCCGAGAAGGGGCGUGUGGCCCGUAGAGGAGGGCAGAAAGUUCGCGUCCCCGACGGACGGACCCGAGAGCCGGCGCGGCGAGCAGCGGGAGGCGGCGGCGGCCGGCAGAGGCGCGGCCGGGCAUGGACAGCGCGGCCGCCGCCUUCGCCCUGGACCCGCCAGCGCCCGGCCCGGGGCCCCCGACCGCACCCGGCGACUGCGCCCAGGGGCGCAAGAACUUCUCGGUGAGCCACCUCCUGGACCUGGAGGAGGUGGCGGCUGCCGGGCGCAGGGCUGCAGGGCCGGGGCCGGGGCCGGAGGCGCGGGAGGCAGCGGCGCGCGAGCCGUCCGGGGGCAGCAGCGGCAGCGAGGCGGCGCCGCAGGACGGCGACUGUCCCAGCCCCGGCCGUGGCAGCACCACCAAACGAAAGAAGAAGCAGCGUCGGAACCGAACCACCUUCAACAGCAGCCAGCUGCAGGCACUGGAGCGCGUGUUCGAGCGCACGCACUACCCCGACGCCUUUGUGCGCGAAGAGCUAGCCCGCCGCGUCAACCUCAGUGAGGCGCGUGUCCAGGUCUGGUUCCAGAACCGCCGUGCCAAGUUUCGCCGGAAUGAACGAGCCAUGCUGGCUACCCGCUCUGCCUCGCUGCUCAAGUCCUAUGGCCAGGAGGCUGCCAUCGAGCAGCCCGUGGCUCCCCGACCUACCGCGCUGAACCCAGAUUAUCUGUCUUGGCCAGCAUCGUCCCCCUACAGCUCUGUGCCUCCUUACAGCCCUGGAAGUUCAAGUCCUGCAACUCCUGGGGUCAACAUGGCCAACAGCAUCGCCAGCCUACGCCUUAAGGCCAAGGAGUUCAGCCUACACCACAGCCAGGUGCCCACAGUGAACUGACAGUGUGCCCUGGGCCCAGCCUCCUCCCUGGCCCAAUGACAGACAGCAGCAAAGCAAGCGGCCUUGUCUGUCCCUGGCCCCAGGCAGAAUGGGCAGCCUCUCCUGUGCCUUCUCUCCAGCCCAGCUUCCUGAGUUCCAGAGGCCUGCUGGGGACUGGAAGCGCAGCUGAACACCUCUCUGCCUGUGGUGGCUGAGAUUGUGGCCGGAGGCCCCAGGGGUGGCCUGGCCAGAAGGCGGAGCAGGAGUCCGCCAAGGAACUCACUCACUUAUGUAUUAAAACCAAAAAGCUUUUGUCUUUAAGGAAUAAAAACCAUUUUUUUUUUCUUAA